AUGUUGAAACUUCGAUUAAUUAUCAUUAUCGCGUUAGUUCUUCCCAUAAUUGCCCAAAAAAUUAAAACUCAAGUGGGUCAGUGGUGGCAAAAACGAUCCGAGCAAUUAGAGCACCUUAGACUAUUUAAGAUAUUGGAGAAGAAAAUUUUCAUAAUCAAAGAUUAUGUGUUUGAUAUUCUGGAUCUAUUUUACUCGGAAAUCACGGGACCGCGGAUCGUUUCUGCCACCACUAAUCCACCUAUUUCUGGUUUAGCAAGAUUAUUCACAGCCCUUCUUUUGAAAGAGGCUGGUAUUAAGGAUGUUACCAUUCUUGAAUAUCAAGAUCGUGUUGGUGGACGUGUUCAUACUCACUAUUUUACUGAUGAUCCUAACGAUGAAAGGCGUUUAUAUGGAGAACUUGGUGCAAUGAGAUUACCUUAUAUCGAUGGUCGUCCAGAUCUCUCUGUACAUCAGCUAGUUUUCGAUACAAUUGAUUAUUUGAACGAAUAUAACAAGGAAGAUGACCCAGAUAAGGAAAUCAAAACCAUUCCUUUUAUAUUUAGCAAUCCAAAUGGCUUGUAUUAUUUCAAUAAUAAAAAAGAUCCCUAUGAUAAAAUGAUAACCAAAAAUUACUCCAAAACCGUUAACAUUACAAAACUAGGCUAUCCUGAUUCAAUCCCAGAUGACUAUGCUAGUUUUUAUAAUGAGGCAUUAGCACCUUUUUUUAAGGAACUUGAUAUAGAUUUCACAAAAGGUCUUAAAGCUUUAAAACGCCAAUUCGACUAUGGCUUCGUUGAUUUGGCCAUGGAAGCAUAUACUUUUGAUCCUAAUUUCAAUACAAGCUGGAAAACUAUCGAUAAAGGGAUGCAACGAUUACCUAAUGCUUUCUUGCCAUUAAUUAAGAAGGAAAAUUAUACCUUAAAAUAUAAUUGUGAAGUUUAUAAGUUGGAAAAGACUGAAGAUGGUCAAAAUGUUAGAGUCCACUGGAAAAAUAAUGGAAAAAAAGAAUCUGACAUCUUUGACAGAGUUGUUGUUACUACUCCUUUGGGUUGCGUCCGUCAUUGGGAUAUACCUUCAACAUUAUCUUAUCAAAAGCAACGUGCAAUACGUGAAUUAAGUUAUCUAAACGCCGGAAAAAUAUUUCUACAAUUCAAGAAUCGUUUCUGGGAAAAAUCACCACUCGAAACUGGUGGUUUACAGACGACCUCUAAUGUUGGCAUUGUUGGCGGAACUUCGUCAACUGACCUUCCUGUUCGUACUGUUGUAUAUCCUUCAUAUUAUCAAGGCCUACCUACAAAUGGCUCUGGGGUUCUAUUAGCUUCCUAUACGUGGAAUGAUGAUGCUGCAAGGUAUGCUCCGUAUACUGAAGAAGAACGUUUUGAACUUGCUUUAAAAGAUAUAGUGACCCUUCAUGGAGAAAUAGCAAGAAAAGAAUGGAUUCCUGGUAAAGAGAAUAAUAAGGCUCAUUAUUGGACAAAUGAUAAAACUGUUGUUGGAGGGGCUUACGCUAAAUAUGGAGCCGGACAAUUGGAAUUUUUGAUGGGAGCGAUGAUGAGAUCUGAAGAUUAUAUACACUGGGCCGGUGAACACACUGAUAUACAUAAUGCUUGGAUUCUUGGUGCUUUUAAUUCUGGUGUUAGAGUAGUUAAAGAAAUCUUACAAGAAAAUUUGAUGAAUGAUAAAUGGUUGAAAUUAAAAAACAUGAGAUUAUUGAAAUAUUGGAAUGGAAAUCUCGAUGCUUAUGCUGGAUAUUGA